ACUCAUCUCCACUGUUAUUCUCCUGUCAGAGCUCAGAGGUUUUCAUUUUUUGUUUUGUUUUCCACUUUCCAAAAAAACAAGAAUGUAAAUUUCCACAAGAUUCCGUGAGAAUUAAUGUCAUUUCUUGGUAGAAAAGAUAUAUUGCAAUACAGACGUGGUCGGUUUCAUUAAUUAUUAAUUCUGAUAUCAAUUACGUGAAGAGUUAGCGAUAAUGGACUGAUUCUAACCGCAUCAAACCAUUCCUAGAUUAUGAUGGAUUGGGGCGUAUGUUUGUUUUUUAAUUACCUUCUCAUUCGUGGCAAAAAAACCUUAGGAGAUGGCGGCUCUGUGUUGCCGUGUUUUCUGUUUGCUUAGGGUUACUGAGAUGGCUCAUUUCAAUUUAUGUGGCAUGCUGUGUGUCAAUUUUCCAGCUAACAACCACAAAGAAGUUGCCAAUCCUUGCCGUUCCUUUUAUUUAUGAUUUUUCAUCCUAAGAUGAAGAUGCGAAAGGACAAAAGAUGGAAGUUAUCAGGCCUGUUCAGUUAAGAUCAUCAUAUGAUGUAUUUGGCCAUAGGAAUUUGAUGUGGGACAAGAACUGUUGCUCAAAUUGGACUUCUAAGACGAAGUUUACCCCAUUAAAUACUAAAUUUUUGGUGUCCAUUGGAGGAGGAGGAGUGAAGCAUGGACCUGUGUUGUCAAGACUGAAGAUGAUGUCCGUCACUUCAAUUCGUAGCUCUGGGAUGGUUCCACUGAGAAAGAGGGGUGAGAAGGAGGACUCGUUACUGUCAAGCAGCAGCAGUGCGUUGGAACAGCUUGAUUUUGAACGAGGUGUCUGUUUCCCCUUCCGAAAGUACACCCCUGAAACUGUGAGAAAGAAAGUACUGGAAUCGAGAGGUGCAAUAUUAUCACUUAUUGGUCGUGGGGUGGAAAUAGUUUGGAAGCUGGGCCUCUAUUGGUCUGCCCUUACAUAUGACUGCUUGACUGGGAGGGAUCAGGAAAUUGUACCAUUUCGUGCCAUGCAGCUCCGGAACCUGUUAUGUGAUCUGGGACCAUCUUUCAUCAAGGCUGGUCAGGUUCUUGCCAACAGACCUGAUAUCAUUCGGGAAGAUUACAUGAAUGAGCUGUGUAUUCUUCAAGAUGAUGUUCCUCCAUUUCCUAAUCAGGUCGCCUUUACUAUUAUUGAAGAGGAACUCGGUGCUCCUCUCGAAUCUGUAUUUAGCAAAAUAUCAUCUCAGACAAUAGCAGCUGCUAGUUUGGGUCAAGUCUAUCGCGCCACACUGUGUGAAUCAGGCGAGGACGUCGCAAUAAAGGUGCAACGUCCUGGAAUAGAACCUAUAAUCUAUCGAGACCUUUUCCUGUUUCGGACAUUGGCUUCAUUCUUGAAUGGAAUCAGUCUGCAAAAACUUGGCUGUAAUGCAGAGCUCAUAGUUGAUGAAUUUGGUGAAAAGCUUCUAGAGGAACUUGACUAUACUUUGGAGGCCCAAAAUAUUACAGAUUUUCUGGAGAACUUUAAAAAUGAUCCAACUGUUAAGAUCCCUAAGGUUUAUAAAGACCUUUCAGGUGCUCGUGUACUGGUGAUGGAGUGGAUUGAUGGCAUUCGGUGCACUAACCCCCAGGCCAUUAAAGAAGCAGGUAUUGAUGUAAAUGGCUUUUUGACGGUUGGAGUAAGUGCAGCUUUACGACAGUUGCUAGAGUUUGGACUAUUUCAUGGUGAUCCGCAUCCAGGAAACAUCUUUGCGAUGCGUGAUGGCCGUAUUGCAUAUGUUGAUUUUGGGAAUGUUGCAGUGCUUAGUCAGCAAAAUAAACAAAUUUUGAUUGAUGCUGUUGUCCAUGCUGUAAAUGAGGAUUAUGUUGAAAUGGCAAAUGAUUUUACCAGGCUUGGCUUUCUUGCCAGCGGAACUGAUGUGUUACCCAUCAUUCCGGCUUUAGAAGCAAUUUGGCAGAAUUCAUCUGGAAAAGGGCUUGCAGACUUCAAUUUUCGGAGUGUUACUGGAAAAUUUAAUCAACUCGUUUAUCAGUAUCCAAUUCGUAUACCUGAGAGAUUUUCUCUUGUUAUACGUUCAUUGUUGACUCAAGAAGGCAUCUGUUUUACUCUGAAGCCAGAUUUCAAAUUUCUUGAGGUUGCUUACCCUUAUAUCGCAAAGCGUCUCUUGACAGAUCCAAAUCCAGCCCUACGGGAACGUCUCAUUCAGGUUCUUUUCAAAGAUGGGGUUUUCCAGUGGAAACGGCUAGAAAACCUCAUUCUUCUUGCGAAGGAAAAUGUGGCCAAGAUGAGUAGCAAUCCUGCACUGCAAUCUAAUUACAUGCAAAGUUCAAAAAGUUGGCAGGUUGAGAGAAAACUGGACCUUACUGACACCAUUAAAGAUGGAGCUCGUGUAUUCAUGGUUGAUGCUGGGAUUCGAAGACAGCUUCUUCUGGCAUUAACGGAGGAAUCCAAGCUUCACAUUCAAGAGCUUGUGGAUGUCUAUCAGUUGGUAGAAAAUGAUGUAGAUAUACCAUCAGUGGCACUGGAAGUCAUUCAAGAAUUACCAGCCAUAACGCGUGACAUUAUGCUUUCAUGGAGUGAAUCAAUUCUAUCGGAUCCUUGACAAGCCACAGGUGUCUUUAGCAUCUGCUUUAAAAUCAUGCUAUAUUCAAGGUUUUACAGUUAAUAAGAGGCAUGUGGCAAUUUGUAGGAUCUAAAUGUAGAGUACACCAAUAUUUUGUCUUAAGUUGAAUUCAACUUAAGACAAUCACAGUUUUUCGUUGUAUUGUAGCUAGAAAAUUCAACUAAGACAAUUGCAGUUUUCCUCGUAUUGUAGCUAGAAAAAUUUCUGCCAAGUCUCAAUGCAACCAUUGGUUCAUUUAUGAGGCCACCUAACUGAUGUGCUAAGCGCAACCACUUUGGGAGAUCAGUAUAUUGGGGAAAUUGAGCAAUGGGGCUAGUGUUGCCCUUGUAAUACAUGCGUACGUGCACGCAUGGAUGACUUCGCUUUUGGCAUGUUUUUAUGCCCAGUGUAGCUUUGCUGCCUAAUAUCUAAGGUGGUUUAGAAUGA